AACUCAGUUGCUACUUAGCACGGUCUAGUACAACUACUAGUUCCCCUUCUAGAAUUCCGAUUCACCUUCUCUUUCUCUCUCUAGAUUUCUGGGUUCCAAUUAUUUUAGAGAGAGAAAGAGAAAGAGAGCUCUGUGAAUAAAAACUAUGGCAGCCUCUGAUUUACCAGAGGGGACUCUUCAGAACGUACUGGAGCAAGAGACCCUCAAGUGGGUCUUCGUUGGCGGCAAAGGUGGGGUUGGCAAAACGACGUGUAGCUCAAUCCUCUCGAUCCUUCUCGCCAGUGUCAGAUCCUCUGUUUUGAUUAUCUCCACCGACCCUGCUCACAAUCUCAGCGAUGCUUUUCAGCAAAAGUUCACCAAGACUCCAACUUUGGUUAAUGGGUUCCCCAAUCUGUAUGCUAUGGAAGUGGAUCCUACCGUUGAGCAUGAAGACAUUGGUGGAGAGAAUGGAAUGGAUAGUUUGGUUUCGGAGCUAGCAAAUGCUAUUCCAGGGAUUGAUGAGGCCAUGAGCUUUGCAGAGAUGUUAAAAUUGGUUCAAACAAUGGAUUAUUCUGUUAUUGUAUUUGACACUGCACCGACUGGUCAUACGCUUCGGCUAUUGCAGUUUCCAUCGACAUUGGAGAAAGGUCUUGCAAAAGUGAUGUCUUUGAAAAAUAAAUUUGGCGGUUUAAUGAGUCAGAUGACCCGCCUCUUUGGUGUUGAUGAUGAAUUUGGAGAGGAUGCGAUUUUAGGAAAGCUUGAGAGCAUGAAAGAAGUAAUAGAGCAAGUUAAUAAGCAAUUCAAAGACCCGGACUUGACAACAUUCGUUUGUGUUUGCAUUCCUGAAUUCCUGUCUCUCUAUGAAACAGAGAGACUGGUGCAGGAACUCGCCAAAUUUGAGAUAGAUACGCACAAUAUUAUCAUUAACCAAGUACUUUAUGAUGAAGAAGACUCGCAGUCCAAAUUACUUAAAGCAAGAAUGCGAAUGCAACAAAAGUACCUUGACCAGUUCUACAUGUUGUACGAUGAUUUUAACAUAACCAAGCUCCCAUUGCUGCCUGAAGAGGUUACUGGAGUGGAAGCUCUGAAAGCAUUUUCACGCCAUUUUCUGACACCGUAUCAACCUUCCACCAGCACAGUGGAAUCGUUAGAGCAAAGGGUGUCCACGCUAAGGCAGCAGUUGAAAGACACCGAAGCAGAGCUAGAAAGACUAAGAAAAGGAAAGCAAAAGGCCUGAUGAUGCCUUGUUCACCAGUGUUGCCUUACGUUCCAUUUCCAGUCUUGUCUAGUUUAGAAUAUCGGAGGUUGUCAUCUCCCCUACGUUGGGGUUACAAAGAGAAUUAAAUCUUCCAUUUUAGUGCUCAUUGAGAUCUUCAGAUUGUUUGUUUUACUUCGUGAUUUUUUUUUUUUUCCGUUCUUUAAGUUAGAUCACAAUAAAUUAAUAAUCAGCAUGUAUUACAGAGACUUGUAUCUUUACUCAAAUUAAUGUGAUUUAUUUCAUUCGGGAGAGGUCUACUUUAUUA